CAAACGUCCCCUCCUCCUAUAAAUUUUGGACCCCUUAUGCCUUCUCUUGUAACCCACCGCCUUCUUGCUCUUCUCAGCAGCCCCUUCCUUCCAGAGAGCGAGCUAAACAAAGAAAACGCAACAGAAAGGCAGAGAAGGAGAGCAAAGAGAGGGAGAGACGUUUGAGGGAUUCUUGGCAUGGCACCUCGAGAGAAGGCUAGCUGCGCCGCCGCCGCCGGGGCCGCAAGAGGCGUUGGGAGCGGCGGAGCGGUGGCGGGAGGAGCGAAGGAGAUUCAUUUUCGGGGAGUGAGGAAGAGGCCGUGGGGGAGGUACGCGGCGGAGAUACGGGAUCCCGGGAAGAAGAGCCGGGUGUGGCUGGGGACUUUCGACACCGCGGAGGAGGCCGCCAGGGCGUACGACGCCGCCGCCCGGGAAUUCCGCGGAUCCAAGGCGAAGACGAACUUUCCCUACCCGGACGCCUACCAGAGCCCCAGCGGCGGCGGAGGCGGUGGAGCAGCCGGGAGCCCGAGCAGCCAGAGCAGCACCGUCGAGUCCUCCAGCCGGGAGGCCGCCGUACCACCGAUGGCCCAGCCCCUUCUUCCUUCCCUCGAUCUUGACCUCCUCCGCCGCGGCGCGCGGUUCCCCUUCCAGCCCUUCGCGACCGCCGCCUCCGCUGCCGGCGUGGCGCACCCCUACUUCUUUUUCGACACCUUUGUUAGAUCGGACAAGGCGAACCAACACCACCUGACGCUGGGCACCCCGAUGAUCCUGGCCGAUUUCCAGACCCCUCUCGCCGGCGGCGUCCAGAGCGACUCGGAUUCCUCGUCCGUUGUCGAUUUGCACCCCCAUCACCCCUCUUCCCCGCCGCCCAAGAUGCUGCCUUUCGAUCUGGAUCUCAACCUCCCACCACCUGCGGAGAUCGCCUGAUCGGCCGUUGAUCGCCGGCAGCUCGUCGCCUCUUCUUGGCUUUCUUUUUAUGUUAAAGGAGGAAAUUAUUUUCUUUUUUUGUUUCCUUGUACUUUUCCUGGAGAGCGAAUCUAUCCAAGAGAAAGUUAUGUAAAUAUUUAACUUUCUUUUUUCCACUGAGAUGGAUGGAUAUCUAGGUCUCUCCGAUCUCUUGUGUUCGAGAUCAGAUCCAGAGAUCCCCAUCUCGUUGUCUGUAAUUUCCCUCAAUUUAUCUAUCGUCAAUGGAUAAUAUCUGAAUUACGUUAACGUUUU